AUGCUUUCUCGUACUACUUUAAGAGUUGCCAGACAACAAACCAGAUUAUUGUCCACUUCAAGAGUCUUGUUCAACAGCCAAGUUGUUCCAGAAGCUGAAAGAAAAGUCAAGACUGCUCAAGAUUUAGCUGAAGUCACUGGUCCAGCUUCUUUGAUUGGUGCUGGUUCUAAGCCAGGUGUUAUCCCAACUGAUUGGGACCAAGCCACUGGUUUACAAAGAUUGGAAUUGUUAGGUAAGAGAGAAGGUGUUGAUGUUUUCGAUAUGGAAAUGCCAAUCACUGAAGGUAAAGGUACUAUGGAAAACCCAUACUUAGUCCCAACCUACAUGGGCUACAGAUAUGUCGGUUGUAAAGGUACUGCUGAAGUUGACCACAAACCAUACUGGAUGAAAGUUGAAGAAGGUAAAGUUUCUAGAUGUUGGCACUGUGGUACUGUCUUGAAAGCUAAAUAUUUGGGUGAACCAGAUAUGGCCCACUAG